AUGACUUCUCAAACAAAACCUAAGAAGAAAAUCAUCUUCAAUGCAUUCGACCAGUUUACCGUUGGACACAUGUCCUUCGGCCAGUGGCGCAAUCCCAAGGAUCGAUCCGCUGACAAGCGCCGUGACCUCACUUACUGGACCGACCUAGCGAAGAUCCUCGAAAAGGGAGACUUCAAUGCCAUCUUCCUUGCUGAUACCUUUGGCUGGUCCGAUGUCUACAAAGGUACUGCGGAACCGUGUGUGCGCACAGCUAUUCAGUAUCCGAUGGGAGACCCUGUCAUUCCCGUGUCUGCCAUGGCUGCGGUUACCAAGAACCUGGGGUUUGCUAUCACGUCAUCAACCUCGUUUGAUAGUCCUUACGUGCUUGCCAAGAGGUUUUCUACGCUUGAUCAUCUCACGGGUGGUCGAUUUGGGUGGAAUAUUGUGACAUCUUGGAAGGCGUCUGGUUUCAAGGCUAUUGGAAUUGAUCCUAUCGAGCAUGAUAAGAGAUACGAAAUAGCGGAUGAAUUUAUGGAGGUUGUCUACAAAUUAUGGGAAGGAUCUUGGGCCGAUGAUGCCCUGGUAGAGGAUCGUGAAAAGGAAAUAUACGCCAUAUUCGACAGAAUCAAAACCAUUCAUCACGAUGGAAAGUACUUCAAAGUUGACGCGCCGCAUAUUCUUGACCCCAGCCCUCAGCGGACCCCUUUUCUGUUCCAGGCUGGAACAUCGCCCACGGGGAUCGAGUUCGGAGCUAGACACGCCGAAGGUAUUUUCGUUGUUGGCUUCACACCGGAAAUGAUCGCACCCAGAGUAAAGGCUAUUAGGGAUAAGUUGGUUGAGAAUGGCCGUCAACCCGAUUCAGUCAAAAUAUUUGCAUCAAUGACCCCUAUUAUAGGAAAAGAUAAAACCCAAGCGGAAGAGAAGUACAAUGAGGCGCUCAAAUACGCCAGCGAGGAGGGCGGACUGGUAUACUGGUGCGGGACUACACACUUGGACUUGAGCAAGUUCGACUUGGAUACCGAGAUCACGGCUGCCGAUGUUGGGUCCUCAAACAGUCGGAUAGAGUCUCACUUGGGCAUCUUGUCGUAUAGUGGCGAUGGGGUACCCAAAUGGACACCCCGAAACAUCGGAAAGGCGGUCGCAUUGGGUGCUUCUGGGCCCGUGCCGGUAGGUACAGCUGAAGAGAUUGCAGAUGAGAUGGAGAGAUGGAUAGAGGUGGCGGACAUCGAUGGGUUUAAUGUCGGCCACAUUACGACACCGGGGACGUGGGAGGAUGUGGUAGAGUUGCUGGUCCCUGAGCUUCGACGGCGAGGUCUUUACGCGCCUGCUGGUGAAUCAGGCACGAUGCGGGAAAGAUUCUAUGGAAAUGGGAGCUCCAAGCUUCCAGAUGAUCAUUAUGGAUCAAGAUUCAAGUUCGAGAACUCCAGGUGA